AUGACGACAAAGACAGAGGAGAGCGAGAGAGCCACAAUAAGUGUGACAGAUCUCAGCAAGCACAAUACCAAGUCGGAUUGCUGGAUAGCAGUACACUCCAAAGUCUGGGAUAUCACCGACUUCAUCAAUGAACAUCCGGGAGGUCCGUCAGUUCUUCUUAAAUGCGCUGGCUCAAAUGCCACAAAGAUAUUCGACGAAGUCCACGCACCAGAUAUCCUCGAGGAGCUACCAGACGAGAAGUUCAUCGGUAUACUGAAAGAUGCUACGCCAGACGUCCCUGCUGCUGCAUCACAGCCCGAGAGUAAAAAUGGCACAUUAUCUGCCCCCGCCGAGACUUCGAAGCCCUCCUCUGCCGAGGAAGACAGCAUUCCGCCUCUAGAGUCCAUCAUCGGGGCGCCAGAUCUAGAGGUUGUGGCCUCGAAAGCACUAACGCCAAAGACAUGGGCCUUCUACUCAUCCGCGGCUACCGAUCUGAUCACGCACCGAAACAACAAGCAGCUCACAAGAAGGAUCAUGAUCCGGCCAAGGAUUCUAAGAAACGUCUCGCAUAUUGAUAUGAAGACGAACAUUCUUGGAUUCGAAAGCUCGGCCCCGUUCUUCAUCUCGCCAGCCGCGAUGGCAAAGCUUGUGCAUCCAGAUGGCGAGCUGGCUCUCAGUCGCGGCGCAGCAAAUGAAGGAAUUAUACAAUGUAUUUCGAGCAAUGCAUCCUACACCCUCAAGUCUAUCGUAUCCGCCGCCCCGCCGUCACAGCCCUUCUUCUUCCAGCUCUACAUCAAUUCGGAACGUCAUAAGACAAUCGAAAUCCUGCGAUCGGCGCGUGCACUCGGCAUAAAAGCAAUUUUCGUGACUGUCGAUGCCCCCGUCCCUGGAAAGAGAGAGGCAGACGAGCGUGCAGCCCAAGCAGGAACGAUCCGAGCGGCCAUCAGCGGCGCCGAAAGCAGCAAAGACAAGAAGGGUAGCGGAUUGGGACGCUUGAUGGCACAGUAUAUCGACAAGUCGAUUACAUGGGAGGACCUGACCUGGAUCAGAGAGGCCAGCGGCGUGCCAAUCGUGCUCAAGGGGGUCCAAACUGCUGACGAUGUCAGAUUAGCGGUUGAGUAUGGGGUUGAAGCAGUCUUCUUGAGCAACCAUGGUGGCCGAUCUUUGGAUGGGUAA